CAACUUUCAGCAGCCUUGUUUAGCUGGUGCAUUCCGCCGUACCGUUGCUUUUCCUCAUUAGUGGCGCACUCCCAGCCUGACAGAUCUUUCAAGCAGUCUAUCAGAGCUAGCAACCUGCCGUAUGGUCACCAUGCCGGUCCCUAUGUCUGCCCUCAGCCAGGGGCUGGCAACAGAGGAUUGGCAAGAAUUUGUCGCCUGGGACGGCAACGGAGAAUUGUAUGAUGAGUUCUUCCAAGGCGACGCCAGCUUUGCCAGCACAUCGGCCGGGUACGACGAGAGCUUCACUUCGAACGGUUAUGCGCAAAGCGUUACAUCAGAGCAGCAGUGCGAGCCUUCAUCGGCAACAUCUAUAGCUGAUGGACUUUCUUCCUUUGAUUAUGUUCUUUCAGCCGCGCCCUCCGUUGUGGGCGACCCUUCGCCGCUCGGUCAGGGGCACUCGUGGCUGAAUGGAUCUCCAUCAACAACUGCGACAUCCCCGCUAGUAGGCCGGGAUCCGAGUGCGUUCCAGGGCCCUUUCAGUCUCUGCGAGGAUAACCUGUCUCCUCAAAGGACGACCACAUCGUCACCCUUUUUCGGCAGUUUAGGUUCGCAUAGCUCAUACCACACGGCGUCGGCUUCUUUAUUUAAUCCUCAUAUCGCCAGCUCUCCGCAUGCCUUCAGCAACCUCGAUGUUUCUGCUUCUCAGGCUUUCUCCAAUGUCGGUACCUGGGUAGAGACACCCAUCGAGCCGAUUCCGGAGCUUGACCAUGGGGGCGCUGUGCCCAUACCCAUACCACAAGCCGGCUCGCAGAGCUUCAGCAAUACCUUUUCGUCUCGUCCAUGGUCCUCAGAAAUGCCACAGCAACAAGUUCGUCCCCGAGCAAUCACGAUUCCACAGUCUAACCGUCAUGUUCCUGCGAUGGCGUCUCAGCAACAGACUCACCAGGUGCCUCCAAUGCUCUCCGUGUCUCCAGUUGCAACGCGUCCUCCCAGAAGCGCCCCUCUUUCCAGGAGCAUUUCGAAAAGUGAGCCACGGCGCAGUAGGAAUAAAAUGGGUACACCAUCUCCGACGACGAAGGCCCUCGGAUGGGUGUCAUAUCAACCAAACCUUCAGACCAAUAGACUGGUGGCAUCCGGAGCGGAAGGCAAUCGGGGAAGGCGUCCAAGGGGCCGGGUCGGACCCCUAAGAGCCGAACAACGCACCCACGCUGCUUACAUGAGAAAAUUCGGCUCUUGCUCUAAUUGCAAGAGGCGUAAAGAGAGAUGUGAUGAGGGCAUCCCAUGCAAAUCCUGCCUUAAUUAUUACAAGGGCGACCUCAUCAACCAUCCGUGCCGCGACCAGCUUUUAUCCGACCUCUCUGGCACAUUUCUCGCUGAGCGCUUGGGCUGGCAUCCUACUGCUCGAGCAGUCAACUCAUUCAUCGCCGCCGACAGCUAUCACGUCCUGACUGGCUUCAGCUAUACUCUCCCGUUAAACUUUGGCUUCGGACCAGAGCUUCGCUUGCCGGUUCAUGCGCUCCAGGUCGAGGACGCAGAUGCUCUAUGCCACGAGCAUGUCAUAUACUCUUGGCCACCGAGCUCUUCCUCGGAGGAGAUGCAUACGCACGCCGUCCUUCCCGCCGUCCUCACGCACGAAGCUGAAUCCAACUUGCAGGAUACUUUGGACGCCCACUUAUUGCUUCUGGUCAAGCAUGAUGCCCACUUCCGUUCGUUUCCACUCUUCCGCUCGCCACUCCGGAUACUCAACCAUGUUUACAUCUUCUUCCGCUCCCUCCCUGUCAAUACGCCGUAUUCGCACCUUCUGCAACAAGCGCUCAAGCUCCUCGUUCUCGUACAUAUCGGCGGCGAUCUUACACUUCCUCCACCUUCCACUGACCUGAACCUCGCUCAGCUAGUCCGCACGAUGAUGACCAUCUCUGACGCCAUAACUCCGACGCCCUGCUUUAUCCGCGCGCAAUUUGGUUCCGUCAUGCCUUUGCUCGCCCUCCGUCUCAUGAAAGAAGUCCUCUUAUCCCUGGAACAGCUCGUUCUCAACCGGGAAUGCCAUGAAUGGCCCUUCGCGCUCGCAACCCUCAUCGUCGUGUUGAUGACUGUCGAGUCAAUCCAAUACCAUGCCGCCAAACGCCCCUACCACGACGUCUACGGUUCUGGCGUAUCGCGUUCAAAGCUUGAGCAAGACAGUCAGGUUGAUGAUGAGGGUGUGGAGUCGCUUCUGAAGUUCUACUCCGCUUGCUACCCAGGCUGCCACGCUCGCCUAAAUCCUGAAUGGCAGGGUGAGUCUAGCUCGCAUUCAAGCAGCUUGAAUGCCUCCACCAUGAACCCGGAAGACAGAUUCGUGGAGAACGUCCGCGAGGCCGCGAAACGAGCCAGUCCCGGUGGUUACCUGGACAGAAAGGCAAGUGAAGAGAAGCGGGUCGAUGAAGACAUGGGGUUCUUCUUUGAUAGACUUGUUGCACGCCUUCUGGUCAUGAAGACAUGAGAUUCUCCUUCCAGAUGUUUUCUCGGAUGCCGGUGCAUCUUGCGUGCCCUAGCAUUCAGCA